AUGCAUUUGGAGCUCCUCUGCCGCAAGUCUGAUGGCAAAGCGGUUAAACCGAAGGGAGCUACGGCGGCCACGGUACCUGAACUAACAGAGGAGCAGAUAGCUGACUUCAAAGACGCAUUCUCUCUCUUUGACAAGAAGUCUGAUGGCAAAGCGGUUAAGCCGAAGGGAGCUACGGCGGCCACGGUACCUGAACUAACAGAGGAGCAGAUAGCUGACUUCAAAGACGCAUUCUCUCUCUUUGACAAGAAGUCUGAUGGCAAAGCGGUUAAGCCGAAGGGAGCUACGGCGGCCACGGUACCUGAACUAACAGAGGAGCAGAUAGCUGACUUCAAAGACGCAUUCUCUCUCUUUGACAAGAAGUCUGAUGGCAAAGCGGUUAAGCCGAAGGGAGCUACGGCGGCCACGGUACCUGAACUAACAGAGGAGCAGAUAGCUGACUUCAAAGACGCAUUCUCUCUCUUUGACAAGAAGUCUGAUGGCAAAGCGGUUAAGCCGAAGGGAGCUACGGCGGCCACGGUACCUGAACUAACAGAGGAGCAGAUAGCUGACUUCAAAGACGCAUUCUCUCUCUUUGACAAGAAGUCUGAUGGCAAAGCGGUUAAACCGAAGGGAGCUACGGCGGCCACGGUACCUGAACUAACAGAGGAGCAGAUAGCUGACUUCAAAGACGCAUUCUCUCUCUUUGACAAGUUCAGCUCGGCAUGUUUCGAAUAA